AUGUCUGUCUGUCUGUCCUUGCUGGCAGAUAAACCCUCUGUAAUGCAGGGGAUGUUUUACAAGGCCCAGCUCCCUGGGAUGUGUCUGUCAAGCACAAGUUGUUGCCUCUGGAAAAGGAGUUAUUGAUUUUAGCAGCUUCAAAGCCCGUGGACACCACUGGGCUGGAUGGGAAGUGGGAGGGGGGUGGCUUUUGAAGGCUUGUAAGGCUUUAAGGAGAGAUGAAGUUCACAUGGCUGAAUGUGUUAUUUUACUAAAUUAAAAGUAUUUCUUCUUUUCAAGGGUGAAGUGACUCCUCAGCCCUUGUCAGAAGAUGCUUAAGUGACAGCCCAGUUAGACCCCACCAUGGAGAAGACAGAAGCAGAUGGCCAGCCACUCAAACCCGACGGGGACAGGGAGCAGCCCCGCAGCCUCCCCUACUCCCUGGAGACACCCUACGGCUUCCACUUGGACCUGGACUUCCUGAAGUACGUGGAUGACAUCGAGAAAGGCAACACCAUCAGGAGGGUCCACAUCCAGCGCCGAGCCAAGCAGCCCAAAUUCAGCACCCUGCCCCGAAACUUCAGCCUGCCCGAGAGCGGCUCCCGCGCCUGCCCCACCGCCGCUCCCAGCAAGAGCUGGACCUCGACCUGCUCCUUCCCGCAGCGAAAAGCAUCCCUGGGCGAGGAGCCCUCCCGAGCCCUGCUGCCCACCGAGGCAGCUCCCGAGGAGCCCAGCUACCGGAGGAGAGCGCUGCUGGCGGAGACACGGCGGCAGGCGGGGCUGGGAUGGCCGCGGGAUGCGGGGCUGGAGCGGCCGAGGGAUGCGGGGCUGGGAUGGCCGCAGGAUGCGGGGCUGGAGCGGCCGAGGGAUGCGGGGCUGGAGCGGCCGAGGGAUGCGGGGCUGGACCGGCCGAGGGAUGCGGGGCUGGAGCGGCCGAGGGAUGCGGGGCUGGGAUGGCCGCAGGAUGCGCUGCGGGCGCGGCCGCAGCUGCUGCGAGCCUCCAGCCUGCCCGAUGCGCUGCCCCCCGGUCAGACUCCCCCGGCCGGAUCCUCGCCCCUCCGGACCCUCCCGCAGCACUGCCGAGACCAGGGCGGCUCUGAAAGCAUCUCCGGCCGCAGCUCGGACAGCAGCGCCGUGACCCCGCCGCGGGAGAUGGGCUCGGAGCAGGAUGGAUCCUUAGGGCAUCCCGGCGGGAUUGUGCCGGGGCCGGGCCCCGUGCAGCCCCCCUGGCUGAACCAGCAGCUGCAGGUGGUGAUGGAGAGCAGGGGAGAGGAGGGCGAUGCCGCCGAUGCCGGAUCCGAGGUGGCCAGGGCUGAAGCAGCAGCGCCGGCUGCCCUCCGGCUGGCAGAGGAGAACGGGAACCCUGCGGGAAGGGCGCUCAGUGUGAGUGAGAUGGACCUGAACGUGCUGAAGGAAGGUGAGGAGAGGGAUGUGCAGGCUGGAGGGGACAAGGAAAGCGCUGCUCCCCAGGUUCCUGUUGCUGGGGUCACAGCGCUGAAGCAGCAGAUCGCUCACCUGGAGGAGCAGCUGGCCAAGAAGAAAGAGGAGCUCGAGCAGGUCAGGGCAGUGCUGGAGCAGCAGGACCGUGAGAUCCAGGAGAAGGAGGAAAGCAUCAAGCUGCUGGCCAGCUCCAAAACUCAGCUGGAAGAGCAGCUGUGCCAGGAGAAGCUCAAAGAGGCUGAGCUGCGGGGCAGUGGGGCCGUGCAGUGCCGGGAUGCUGCAGUGAACACGGAGCUGUCACAGCUGGCAGGGCUCAGGCAGGCCCAGGACAAAGCCAUCAAUGUCAAUAUCCCCCCUCCCAGCAGAUCCAUCGGCUGCGGCGUGCCCAGGGCAGACAGCAGCGCCCGGGGCAGGGAGGUGGGUGUGUGCAGGGAGCAGGGACUGGCUCCAGCACGGGGACAUCCUGGUGAAGCCAGCGUGGAAGCCGGGAUUCCUGCUCCGUGCUUCACCCAGCUGCACAUCCACGAGCACCCCGGCGACGACAACCAGAACCACCAGAACUCCCUCGGCCCAAACGCAGCCGAAAGCAAGGCAGGCUUUGGAGAAGAGGAACCUCAGGAAGGUGCCCCUGGGCAGGAGGAGCUCCCAGCUGUCGACCCCAUCGGCCAAUACGUGAAAAAGAUCCAGGAGCUGCUGCAGGAGCAGUGGCUGUGUUUGGAGCACGGGUACCCCGAGCUGGCCAGCGCUAUCAAGCAGCCAGCCUCCAAGCUCAGCUCCAUCCAGAACCAAUUAGUUAAUUCCCUCAACUCCCUGCUCUCUGCCUACUCCUCACAAGGGCCUGUGGAUAAGGAGAAUUCCAACACGCACUAUCAGCAGCUGGAAAACUCUCCAACCACAAGUCUUAAAUCCAUCAUGAAAAAGAAAGGUUAUGGUUUCCAUGCAGGAGGCAAUGGGACCAAAAAGAAUCUCCAGUUUGUUGGGGUAAAUGGUGGCUACGAGACAACAUCAAGUGAAGACACGAGCGGUGAGGACAGCGCGUCAGACAGCGACACCGAGACUGAGGGCAGAGCUGGGGACGAGGAGCCCGAGCAGGCUGGAAGGGAGAGCAAAGAGGCUUCCUCGGGGGAGAAAAGUGAGGAUGAUGAUGGUGAUGAGCAGGAGGCAUCAGCAGGAGCAGCACCCUGCUCUCAGCACCAGGCUCACAGAUGCAAACCCUCCGAAGAUUUCCUUGCUGCCUGCCAGCUCCUCAGUGAGCACCUCCCAGAAAUCAGGAGCACAAGCAACAAACAUCUGCAGCACAUGCUCGGCCCCAUCUCCCAGGAGUGGUUCCAGGUGUCCAGCCACAAGACUUCCAGCCCAGAGGUGGUGGCAGAAUACCUGGAGGUGCUGGGGGACAUCCAGCCCCAGCUGCUGGAGGCCGUGGUGAACCUGCCUGACAGGAAUGGCAACACUGCCCUGCACUACAGCGUCUCCCACUCCAACUUCCCGGUGGCAAAGCUCCUGCUGGACACAGGUAUGUGCUGCCUGGACCUGCAGAACCGUGCUGGCUACACGGCCGUGAUGCUCACACCUCUGGCGGUCCCUGAAACCCGCCAGGACAUGGAGGUGGUGAUGAGGCUGCUGAAGGAGGGGGAUGUCAACCUGAGAGCUGCCCAGGGAGGCCAGACCGCCCUGAUGCUGGGGGUGAGCCACGACAGGGAUGACAUGGUGAGAGCCCUGCUGUCCUGCCAGGCCGAUGUCAACCUGCAGGACGAGGAGGGGACCACGGCCCUGAUGGUGGCCUGUCGCCAGGGCAACGCUGACAUCGUCAGGCUGCUGCUGGCCCAGCCUGGCUGCCAGGUCACGCUGACUGACAAGGGAGGGAACUCGGCGCUGUCGCUGGCCCACGGGGACAUUGCUGCACUCCUGCGAGCCCACGUGGAGCUCAGCCCGUCCCUGUCGGUGUGAGCAGCCAGGAGGAGCCAGGAUGGGGAGCUGGGAGCCAACAGCUCCUCCCUGAGCAGCCCCACUGUUCAGGAUCCAGAGGGGCCACAGGGCAGGAACCCCCUGUGCCAUCUGAGUGAUGCUCCCUGUCUCCAAUUCUCCUCAUUCAUCCCACUCACACCCCUAAUCUGUGCCUCAAACAACUCCAGACUCUCCCACCCCGGGGUAGAUUUGGCAGGUGAGCAACCAAAACGAAUGAGAAAAGCACAUUAGAAGAGCAAUACUUAAUCUUUUGUAACAUGAGGUUAUGGGUGUCCUUUUAAUCGACUACUUAACUGUAUCUCAUUUAACUUGUACGUUUGUGUCCUAAUAUUUAUUAUCAGCUCUUCUGUGAGUAGUGGCAGGCAGCGAUUACUCAGUGUAUGUAACAACAAACACAAGCUGGAUGGAUUGUGGAAAGCAUAAAAUCCUAUUUCUGUUUGCUUAUGCGGGUCUGAUGUAAGAAUUAAAAAUUAAUGCUCUAGGAAAAUAUUUGAGUAUGCCAGACCCAAACACGCAGACAUUGUUUUGCCUGGAUUUGGAAUUACCAUAUGGCUGUUAUUUUCCCCUAAUUAAGUUUGAGCUAACGGGGAAGCUCAGCCCAUUGACAGGCUGGGCAUUCCAAGCACUGGAAGAUCCCAGCAGAUUCCCAUCCCAGGGUGUGGAAAUGUUGUCCAAGAGCUCCGUGGAGUGGCUGUGCUGGCAGAUGCCUUUUGGACCAGCGUUUGCUCUUUGCUUUGCCUCUGCUCA